ACCUCGCCCAGCAAGUCCUCUCCUCUCUGUUGGCCAGACCCCCAUCCCACAGCUCUCCAGCUUGGCAGUUGGGAACAUUCUGGAAGAGAAGGAGACAGAGGAAGUGCUGGACGAUGAAGACUUUGGAGUACAUCGUGUGUGGGUUCUUCAUCCUGAAGACACUUGCGGCCUUUCCUUCCAUGCAGUCCAGGCUGUUGGAUCUUGACGUCUAUGAUAACUACGGUACAGACCCAAACCUACUGAAUGAAGACUUAUACGAUUAUGGCAUUGACGUUAUCACUGGCGAACCUGAGGUGGAGAUUGGCACGCUGCCCCCCCUGGGGCUGAGUCGCGAGGCAUCUUUCGACGAAGGGGAGGAGGAAGACGAGCUGCCACUGAGGCCUUUCCCCACCACCCACAGCUCCGGGGGGUCUGGAGCUCCGGCUGGCCCAGAAAUAAGUGGAGUCCCGCCCCCCGGGGCUCCUACCUGCCUGCUGUGUGUCUGCCUUGGCAGCUCCGUCUACUGUGACGAUGCCAAGCUGGAGGCCAUUCCAGAGCUGCCAAAGGAUACCACGCACUUCUAUGCACGCUAUAACAAGAUCUCCAGCAUCAAGAAGAAUGACUUCGCUCACAUGAACAUGCUGAAGAGGAUUGAUUUGACCGGAAACCAGAUCUCACGGAUCGACGACGAUGCCUUUCUCGGCCUCCCUGCCCUGGAGGAGCUGGUUUUGGAAGAAAAUAAGCUGGCACAACUGCCAGCCCUGCCCGCCAGCAUGAUUGUAAUCGAUGCCAGUCACAACAAGCUGGGCAGCAGGGGCAUUCACAAGGAGGCCUUCAAGGAUAUGCACAAUCUGCAGAAUCUCUACCUCUCCUACAACAAUAUUGGUUACGUCCCCAUGUCACUGCCGGAGAGCCUCCGUUCUCUGCACUUACAGAACAAUAACAUUCAGAUGAUGCUCGAUGACACCUUCUGCAACCUAAAGGAUCUCAACUACAUCCGAAGGGCCCUGGAGGACAUCCGAUUGGACGGGAACCCCAUAAAUCUGAGCAGGACCCCCCAGGCAUACGUAUGCCUACCCCGCCUGCCAGUGGGUGGACUGGUGUAGAUACUUACAUGCAGACCAAAAAUGGUAUGUUGCAAAGCACACAGGCUACACACACACAUGAUAUUGUAAUGUUGUUUGUGGAGGAUUAUACACAAACACACACAUAAUGUAUUCUUGUUGGUUAAUUUUCUCCUUACCCAAAACAUGCAGAUAAACAAACACACCAAAGAAUCACUUUUGGUCACUUUUAUUUUUCACACAUUUUUUGUUUUAAUUUCAAAUGUCUUCUAUCUACAGCAGGCUUUGAUUACUAGUGGUACGACAGUAUAAGGGUAGGUUUCAGUAGAAUAUUGAAAUUAAAGUGGAAUUUAAAGUAUGUCCCUGAAAGGUGAACACAAUGCAAAAGACACAUUUAUGCACAAAAUAUAAAAUAUUUUCAGAGAUGUUCUUAACAUUUAAUGUGGCAUUUCGACACAUUACAGCACAACAUUUUAAAACACUAUAAAUGCCUGUAUAAUAUAAUAUACAAUAUGAGUGGUGUCAAUAAACGAUCUCUAUGUU